AAGAAAAAUUAAAAUUAGGGUAAAGGGAAAGUCUAUGCGAAGUCCUCUCAUCUCAUUCAGUUCUCACUUAACCUUCUCAGUGUUGCAGUAGCAGCAGCUCUGGACUUGCCCAUAUCAUCUCCAUCAAUCAAUCUGCUGCCGUCGCUUCUCUCUGGUGAAUCCUGAUUUCAGGUUUCCAAUUGCGACCGGAUCACCCCGUGGCAACGUGUAACCAUUAGUCAGUAGGCUUUAUCUUCUGAGGCAAACAUUUAAGCCUCCAGCUUGAUAUUAUAGCUAUUGACGUUUGAUAUCCUUUGUAGAGGCAUUUGACAUUAACUGGAUGGACCAGUAUGUGAAAGUUGAAAAGAUAGGAGAAGGAACAUAUGGAGUGGUAUACAAGGCUCGUGAUCGAGUAACCAAUGAGACUAUAGCUCUGAAGAAAAUACGCUUGGAGCAGGAAGAUGAAGGUGUUCCAAGCACUGCGAUUAGAGAAAUUUCCCUCUUGAAGGAGAUGCAGCAUGGGAAUAUUGUCAGGUUGCAUGAUGUGGUGCACAGUGAGAAGCGACUGUAUUUGGUUUUUGAGUAUCUGGACUUGGAUUUGAAGAAGCACAUGGAUUCUUGCCCUGAAUUUGCUAAGAAUCCUCGUCUGAUAAAACAAUUCCUUUAUCAGAUACUUCGUGGCAUUGCUUACUGCCAUUCUCAUAGAGUUCUCCAUCGAGAUUUAAAACCACAAAAUCUCCUUAUAGAUCGUCGUACCAAUGCACUAAAGCUUGCAGAUUUUGGAUUGGCCAGAGCAUUUGGCAUACCUGUUAGGACAUUUACACAUGAGGUUGUAACCCUGUGGUAUAGGGCACCAGAAAUUCUGCUUGGAUCUCGACAUUACUCAACUCCAGUUGAUGUGUGGUCAGUGGGAUGUAUAUUUGCUGAGAUGGUGAAUCAGCGGCCAUUAUUCCCUGGGGACUCUGAAAUUGAUGAACUAUUCAAGAUUUUUAGGGUCUUGGGAACUCCGAAUGAGGACACAUGGCCUGGGGUUACAUCUUUGCCUGACUUCAAGUCUGCCUUUCCAAAGUGGCCACCUAAGAUCUUGGCAACUGUAGUUCCAACUCUCGAAGCUGCUGGCGUUGACCUUCUUACUAAAAUGCUGUGCUUGGAUCCCAGCAAGAGAAUUACAGCCAGGAGUGCUCUUGAGCAUGAAUACUUCAAGGACAUUGGUUUUGUACCCUAGUUCUGUUUCUGAUCAAUAUUAAUACAUAUUAUAUAAUGUAUCAUCAUUGUACAGCACUUGGUGGAUUUUGAUUGUGUGAGAAACAUGCAUGUUUCCUUCUCUUUGCUCGUCUUUCGGUUUUCUUUGGGUUCAAACUGAUUCAUUAUCCUGGAAUUGUGUAGCAUCUGUCGAAUCUUAUUAUUCUCUAUAUAUGUGUUAUAAAUACAGUGGAGAUACAGAGGGUUGGCGAGGAAUUUUUCGUUCUUUUUCCAGUUUGCUUGUAAUGAACCCUAUCAUUUGCAUUAAUUAAAAAUAUAUUCCUGCCA